CGAAUUGGUUGAUGCUAGUAAUCCUAAAAUCCAACUCAUGGAACGCAUGAAUAGUCCGCUUCACGACGAUGAUAAUGAUUAUGAGAGGAAGGGGGAGGUCGUCACAACCACCGGGAUGCCUGCCCUCAUGGACGAGCUCAUAGAGGAAAUCCUGCUGAGGAUUCCGGCGAGUUCUCUUGUGCGAUUAAGGAACAGCGUCUGCGGUUCAUGGAGAACCCUAAUUUCCAGUUCCCAAUUUGCCCAGGACCACCUUCGACGUUCAAUGGCGGUGGAUCUAGCCUUGACCCACCUGCGUAUUGCCUAUUAUAGCUACUCAAACCCCAUCAUCGGAAUUUUCUCCGCCCGAUCUGUGUUCGAGAACCCUCCCCGUGAACCGACUAAAGUAGUCCCCUACGAGGGACGACGCUGCCGUAGCAUCAUUGGCUCUUGUAAUGGAUUGCUGUGCUUGCUCGACGAUGAGCUUGAAGAUCGUGCCAUCCUGUGGAACCCCUGCACUGGACUCACAUCUCAGCCGCUUAAAAUUGGUAGUAUCUUCCACUAUUGUGGAUUCGGUUAUGAUCAUGUGAACGACAAGUAUAAGCUUCUCGGGAUUGUGAUUAAGAAAUCAGGUGAAUCUGUCACCAGAAUUUUCACAUUCGGCCCAAAAUCUAAAUGGAGAACAAUUCAGGAUUUCCCAUAUAGACUACAUGACCGCGAUAACAAGGCUUCUGUGGUGGGUCGGACAGGGCGUUUUGUAAGUGGCACUGGCACUCUUAAUUGGCUUCUUCGCGGCCGUCGUAGUAGUUUUGUGGCAGUUCUUUCCGUUGACUUGGUGAAAGAGACUUAUAGUCAGUUUUCCGCUCCCAGUAGGGAUUCAGAUGAUAAUCACAGUGUGUUUCCCCGAUUGGAUAUCUUGGGGGGUUGUCUUGCUGUUUGUUGUGAGACUAAGAAAACUCAUUGGACUCUCUGGUUGAUGAAGGACUAUGGAGUUCCUCAAUCUUGGACUAAGUUGGCAAUAAUCGGCCACCACCCGCUACUCAUUAAUUCUCGUUUAAAUUAUGUACUACGGCCUAUGUACAUGUUGAAAAAUGAUGUUCUACUGGCGAAAUCUCCUAGUGGCAAGUUAGUUUUAUGCAACAUAAAUGAUGGCAGCAUAUAUUUUCCUAAUAUUGACACCUCCAGUGAUGGCAUGACCAAACACCGUCCUUUAUCUCGGGGUGUAGGCUCAAGGAUCUUUCACAUCUAUCAUGAAAGUUUAGUUUCACCCUCGCACUUUGGUCUUCCAAGUUGCUCAUCUGAAAUGCGGUUAUUUAAGCCAAGCCUAUAAUCUCUUGAGGAUAGUUUGCAUUUUGGUAUCUUUUGGGGAAGAGUAUCCUACACAGUCUCUUGAAUCCAUAACUUCAUUAUCAUAA